GUCGUGCGGUCGGUCUAAUUACUUGUAGCGCAACUUGAAAUACCGAAGUAAACAAAAGCAGUAGAUGCUUGAGCUGUUCAGAGCUGUUGACACGAACAUUCACUUUAUUGAAUCGACUCUUACGACGCAGCGCUUUGUAUUUGUUUUGAAGACACGCUAAUUUGAAAUCGAAUCACCCACAAACACACACACAAAUGACUGCCUGUUUUGUCAUCAAUGGUACGCCCUAUAACGUUGACUUGACCGCCUUUCCGGCUGAUAUAACGCUGAAUACCUUCAUCCGCGAACAUGCUCAGCUGACUGCGACGAAAUUCAUGUGUCUGGAGGGCGGUUGUGGGGUGUGCAUUUGCGUUGUCAGGGGCAAGCAUCCAGCCACAGGCGAGACACGCACUUGGGCCGUGAAUUCGUGCUUGACGUUGCUGAAUACCUGUGCGGAUUGGCAAAUCACCACCGCCGAAGGCAUUGGCAACAAACGCCACGGUUAUCAUCCCAUUCAAAAACGUUUGGCUAAACUAAAUGGCACUCAAUGCGGCUUUUGCUCACCAGCCAUGGUAAUGAAUAUGUACGGACUGCUCGAAUCCAAGGGUGGCAGAGUAACCAUGGAGGAGGUGGAAAGCUCGUUUGACGGCAACAUUUGCCGUUGCACCGGUUAUCGUCCUAUUUUGGAUACCAUGAAAUCCUUCGCCGUCGAUAGCAAUAUUAAGCUGCCAGAAGAUUGUGAUGACAUUGAGGAUUUCGAAUUUGUCGCUUGUCCAAGGAGCGGUAGACAAUGCUCGGGUGGUUGUCAUAAAAAGCCAUUGACAGCACUAACCUACGCUGAUGGCGCACAAUGGUAUUGGCCACAUUCGCUGACUGAGGUUUUCAACGCGCUGGCGAAAGUGGGCAACGAACAGUAUAUUUUGGUGGCGGGUAAUACAGCACAUGGCGUUUAUAGGCGCUCACCGGACAUUAAGCAUUUUAUCGACUUGCAUGGCGUACCCGAGCUGAAGCAGCAUACAAUUGUUGGCGAAAAGCUAACUUUGGGCGCCAAUCUGAGUUUAACUGAAGCUAUAGAUAUUUUUCAGAAAGUUGCACAGCGCCCCGGUUUCGAGUAUUGCGAACAGUUGUGGCGGCACUUCGAUUUGAUAGCGAAUGUCCCCGUGCGAAAUGCAGGUACACUGGCGGGCAAUAUCAGCAUCAAGAAGGCUCAUCCCGAGUUUCCCUCUGACGUUUUUCUAUCAUUUGAGGCACUCAAUGUGCAAAUUAUAAUUCAGGAGCUCUCAGCGCCAGCCAGGAGCAUGCCAAUACUGGAAUAUCUUAGGCAGCCAUUCAACAAGGCGGUCAUCACAGCCUUUGAGCUGAAAGCGUACCUAAAAGGCAGAUUUGUGUAUCACUCAUACAAAAUCACACCUCGCGCUCAAAAUGCUCAUGCCUACGUAAACGCAGCCUUUCUACUUGACAUGGACGUAACGGCAUGGGGUAUAGUUAAUUCUGCUCGCUUAUGUUUCGGCGGUAUCAACCCGGACUUCGUGCAUGCGACAGCGACGGAAUCUUUUGUAAUCCGGCAAAAUAUAUUCGAUAAAGAAGUGAGUGCUCAGUUAUUCUCUUUAUUGAGUGAAGAAGUUGUGCCAAACGAGGUACUGCCAGAUCCGUCACCCGCUUACCGCCGGUCACUGGCGUGUGCGCUCUUCUACAAAACUCUUCUGAAGCUUGCGCCAGUGGAAAAGGUUAGAGCCGAGUACAAAAGUGGCGCGAACAUACUGAAGCGACCAUUGUCUUCCGGCAUACAGACCUUCGAAACAAUAGAAAAGAAUUAUCCGAUUACACAACCCGUGCAGAAGCUCGAUGGUUUGCUUCAGUGCUCCGGAGAGGCUACAUACAUGGACGACACACUAACCACAUCGGACACCGUUCACUGUGCCUUCGCCAACGCCACAAGGGUGGGCGCUAAUAUCGAACAAAUCGACGCGUCCGAGGUGCUGGCCAUAUCGGGCGUAAUAGCAUUCUACACAGCCAAAGACAUACCCGGCACUAAUAACUUUUGUGACCAGGCUUUUGAAUAUGAACCAGAGGAAAUAUUUUGCAGCGGAGUGGUGAGAUACUAUGACCAACCUUUGGGCGUAGUCGUCGCACUUACCAGCGAUAUUGCCAAACGCGCUGCCAGCAAAGUGAAAGUAAUCUACAGCAAUUUACCUACCGACACAAAGAUUUAUCCAACCAUGGCAGAUGUGUUCAAGGAACAAGCAAUGGACCGAAUCAAAUGGAGCACGGCAGCUCAAUCGAAUAGCUUACAACUCUCAGAUCAGCCUGAUAUCUCGGCGAGAGGUGUAUUUGAAAUGGGCGGUCAGUACCAUUUUACUAUGGAACCUCAAACCACAGUGGCCGUACCCUUUGAGGAUGGUCUACAAGUGUGGACCGCCACACAAUGGAUGGAUCAAACACAAUGUGUCAUCGCCAAGAUGUUGGGGAUCAGGGUUAAUGAUGUGCAAUUGAAGGUGCGUCGUUUAGGCGGUGCGUAUGGAGCCAAGAUCUCACGUGGUAAUCAGGUCGCUUGUGCAGCGUCUUUAGCUGCUUAUAAACUCAAUCAACCCGUCCGUUUCGUGCAGUCCAUUGAGUCGAUGAUGAACUCGAAUGGCAAACGGUGGGGCUGCCGCUCGGAUUAUGAGUUUCACAUUAAAAAUAACGGAAAAAUCGUUGGUUUAACAAACACUUAUUACGAGGACGCAGGUUGCACUCUCAAUGAGAAUCCCAUAGAGGAUCUAACACCUGUGACAGCAAAAAAUUGCUAUGAGCUUAAUGACUCGAACUCAAAAAUAUUCGGGCAACCAGUCAUCACAGAUGCGCCGAGCUCAGCGUGGUGUCGCGCACCGGGGUCAACCGAAGGAAUUGCAAUGAUUGAGAACAUGUUAGAGCAUAUGGCAUUCGAAGCGAAUAUAGAUCCAGCUGAUGCGCGUCUUGUAAACUUGAGGUCAGGUAAUAAAAUGGGUGAGCUCUUACCGGGUUUUCUGCAAUCGACUGAGUACAGACAGCGGCGCAAGGAUAUUGCAGCAUUCAACGCGCGAAAUCGUUGGAUCAAACGUGGCCUUGGUUUGGCAAUAAUGGAAUACCCUGUAAACUUGGUGGGACAGUACGCUGCCACUGUCGCUAUAUACCAUGUGGAUGGUACAGUGGUCAUUGCCCAUGGUGGCAUCGAGAUGGGUCAAGGUAUGAACACGAAAAUUGCACAAGUUGCCGCACACACACUGGGCAUACCGUUAUCUUUUGUGAAGCUCGAAUACAGCGAUACAAUCAAUGGCGCAAAUUCAGAGGUUACCGGCGGCUCACUUGGCAGCGAAAGCCUCUGUUUCGCUGUACGAAAGGCAUGCGAGGUGCUCAACACACGUCUACAGCCAGUCAAAGAGGCACUCGGCAAAAACGUAACUUGGCAAAGAAUUGUAGCUGAAGCGUGGACUCGGCUAAUAAAUUUAAUUGCCAGCGAAUAUUAUAAGCAAGGAGAUAUGCGAAAUUAUCUCGUUUACGGUCUGGGUUUGACAGAAAUCGAAUUGGACAUUUUAACCGGCAACCAUUUAAUCAAACGUGUGGACCUCUUGGAAGAUGCGGGCGAAAGUCUAAGUCCCUACAUAGAUAUUGGACAAGUUGAGGGUGCAUUUGUGAUGCUCUUGGGUUACUGGCUAACGGAGCACUUGAUUUACGAUCGUCAAACUGGUCGUUUGGUGACUAACCGCACUUGGACUUACAAACCGCCAGGUGCCAAGGAUAUACCGAUCGAUUUUCGCAUAGAAUUGUUGCAGAAGAAUCCCAACCCUGCCGGUUUUAUGCGUUCAAAGACUACAGGUGAACCGCCUGCAUGUCUGGCAGUCAGUUCCAUUUUUGCCGUGCAGCAUGCUCUACAGUCGGCGCGCCAAGACGCGGGUAUUGCACAUGAAUGGGUACGUUUGGGUGCGCCAACAACACCAGAGACCAUCGUUUUGAAUUCAGGAACUCAGCUCUCGAUGCUUUCAUUAGAGUAAACUGUAUCAUAAAUGUAUUUAUGGUGCUAAUUCUGGGUGCAUAACGGUGCAUUGAUCUUAUUUACAGUAUUUUCUAUGGUUUGGUUAUUUCAAAAGACUUUUAUGCUAAACUUUUGAACUGAUAAACUGAAAGCUCUUGCCAUAGGUGGCGCUAUGAAAAAAGCUGCGGAAGGAUGGAUGAAAUGGCAAAGA